UCUUCCGGGGUGGGUGGGAGAAGCUGUGGUGAUGAUGGCGGACGAGGAAGGCAGGUUGGAACCGGAGCCUUGCGCUCCUCACCUGGAGCCGGAACCUGAGGCCGCUGGUGAUAACGAGCUGCUGGAGUCUGGGAUCCCCCUGGAAUCCAACGGCUACGUGCUGUAUAGGGACCGGAAGGAAUGGGCUGAUGUUGAGCCAGUUCCUCAAGACGAUGGGCCUCAUCCAGUGGUUCAGAUCAUAUAUAGUGAAAAAUUUAAAGAUGUGUAUGAUUACUUCCGAGCUGUUCUGCAACGUGAUGAAAGGAGUGAAAGAGCGUUCAAGUUAACAGGCGAUGCCAUUGAGCUUAAUGCUGCAAAUUAUACUGUGUGGCAUUUCCGUAGAGUUCUUCUGCAGUCUCUGAAGAAAGACCUGCUUGAGGAACUCAAUUACAUCACAGCUAUCAUUGAAGAUCAGCCAAAGAAUUAUCAAGUCUGGCACCACAGGCGGGUGUUGGUAGAAUGGCUGAAGGAUCCAUCCCAAGAACUUGAAUUUAUAGCUGACAUUCUCAACCAGGAUGCCAAGAACUACCAUGCGUGGCAGCAUAGACAGUGGGUCAUUCAGGAAUUUAAGCUGUGGGAUGAUGAACUGGAGUACGUGGAACAGCUUUUGAAGGAAGAUGUUAGGAACAAUUCGGUCUGGAACCAAAGACACUUUGUAAUUUCAAACACAACUGGUUACAACGAUCCUGCUGUUCUAGAGAGAGAAGUCCAGUUUACCCUAGAAAUGAUCAAGAUGGUGCCUCAUAAUGAAAGUGCUUGGAACUAUUUGAAAGGGAUUCUGCAAGAUCGCGGCCUUUCAAAAUAUCCAAAUCUCUUAGAGCAGCUGCUGGAAUUACAGCCAAGUCACAGUUCCCCCUACCUGAUUGCAUUCUUGGUUGAUAUAUAUGAAGACAUGCUAGAAAACCAGUGUGAAAACAAGGAAGAAACUCUUAACAAAGCACUAGAGUUGUGUGAAAUCCUGGCAAAAGAAAAAGACAUAAUACGGAAAGAAUACUGGAGAUACAUUGGAAGAUCCCUUAAGAGUAAACACAGCCCAAAUGAGGAACAGAAUGUGCCAACUGAAAAUGAUCAGCAGUAACUUCAUGUUAGGGGGAAAGAAUACGACGUUCAGCUCUGUGUGUAUUACAAAGACUCUUAGCGGGAAGAGCUAGGCAGGCAAUUAAAUAGAGUGUUGUUUCCUCUCUUCCCCAAAUAUGUUGUAACUAUACAUUACUGCAGAGGUAUUGCUUCUAACCACACUGAGAGUGCAAAGCAUUCUGUGUAACAAACUGACCUGUGGUUACUACUACUAUACUCGUUAGUUGUGGGAUGGUCCAAAGCACUGUGCAUUAAAAAAAACACUUAGUAAUUACUUGAAUUGUACCAAAUAAAGGAAUUGUUUCUUAACAGUAUAUGAAUAAUGCUGUAUUCGCAAUUUUAAUGCCGUACAUCCCAGCCUUGGCCUCUACAAAGUGGCACCUGUUCUCCUAAAACAAGCGCAUGUAAGAUUCUGAAUGUAUUUGAGCUGGAUUGCAGAGACCUGGCGUAUAGUAGAUAUAUAAAGUAACUUGUAGUUACUAUAAGGAAGGGAAUGCAGUUGUAUAUUGGAGCAGCUAUGCAACACUGACUGUGUUUCAUUGUACUCAACUAAUGCCAUCAAUAAUUUGUAAUAAAGGUAUAAUACUUGUGCAAGGA